GAUUUAGGUACAUAAUAUAUAUAGCUUAACCAAUUACCCAAUACACCGAGGAUUUAUUAUAUUCACACGGUAAAAUGGAGCAUCGAAAUCCGGGAAGAAGUAACUUUUACCACCGAGGAUUAACUUUUGGUAUCAUCAUUAUUUUGGCAUGGAUGACACCGCAAACAGAAGCUCAGAAAGAGGAAUGUCGACAGCGUCCCAUGGACAUCGUAUUUGUCAUUGACGGCUCUAGAAGUGUGAGGCCAUGGAAUUUCAAGACAGUCCAAGAUGCCGUGAAAGACAUGGUAGACGCAUUUGAAAAAAUUGGACCCGAGGAAACGCAGAUCGGUCUGGUUCAAUACAGUAGUCGAGUGAGGCAAGAAUUCAAGUUGAACGACUAUUACUCUAAAGAAGAAGUGAAUGAAGCCAUUGAUGGAAUCAAAUACAUGGAAAUGGGCACAAUGACCGGGCGAGCUCUCAAAUUCAUCACUGAAUAUUCCUUCACCGCAGCCUACGGUGCCCGUUCAGACAACCCAGAUGUGCUUAAGGUUGCAGUAGUUAUCACUGACGGACGAGCCCAAGAUAAUAGGACAGUCCACUUUUGGCAAAAAAAAGCAAAGGACGCGGGAAUCAUCCUUUUUGCCAUUGGUGUCGGUCGUCGGAUCUCUGACAAAGAUCUGCUCCUGAUCGCCUCAGAACCAAAAGAAAAACACCAAUUCUACGUCAAGAAUUUUGAUCUGAUCGGAAGCCUUCCUGUUAUGUUACAUGAACAGAUCUGUGAUGUCGACGAAUGCGAGCAAGAAAUCGACAAUUGUCAACAGACUUGCAAGAACACUAUUGGCUCUUUCAUUUGCGGAUGUGAGGAUGGAUUCGUAUUACAAGAUGACCGCGCUUCUUGUCUUCUAUACGACCCAUGUUUCGAGGCAGAUUGUGGCUACAAAUGCGAGCCAGCACCGGCGGGAGGGUACAGGUGCACCUGCCCUGAUGGCUACAAGUUGGACCGAGAUGAAAAGGGCUGUGUAGCAAUCGCACCUUCUAACUUGGAAUCACUGACUCUCACUGAUAUAACACACACAACCAUGAGAGCUACAUGGUCUUUAGUGUCACCGGAAUUGGAAGAUAUGAUCGACCAUUACUUAGUGAGAUAUAAAAAAGCAGGCGACGAUGGUGAAACCGUUGAGGUCACUGUUAAUGAACGAGCAAUAGUUUUGGAAGGACUUGAGCCUGGAACAGAAUAUCUAGUAUCAGUCACAGCUUAUACAGCAGAUGGUUUGAAAUCUGAAACGAUAAAAGCACAGAAUACUACUUUGUUCUUGGGUGAAACAACACUUGAUCUAUUCAACCCGACUUUGACUACAAUGCAAGCCAAAUGGGAGCCGGCUGGUGGGGAUUUAUUGUCUCAAUACGUCUUGACAAUAACUUCUCCAGAACAGAAUAGAACUUUCACGAUCACUACAGACGCAGACACCACAGAAGCGCCACUGCUUGAAGGUCUGGAACCAGGACAGCUGUAUGAAGGAGUUGUCACACCAAUGUAUGGAAAACUCGCUGGUGGACCGGGCCGAGAUACAGAAACCACAAAAUCUCUUAUCAAACCCAAUAUUCGAGUCACUGACACAACUCUGUCAACUGUAGAUGUUGAAUUCACUGGUAUAGGAAUGCCUGCCGAUCGUUAUGAACUAACACUUGUGGACGUGGAAACUGGCGAAACUAAGUAUGUUGAAGUGGACGGAUCUGAAUCAACAGCCAAGUUCUAUGAUUGUACACCAGGGAAGGAGUAUACUGUCACAGUCAGAGGUUACAUUACCGAGGGAGGAAGGGAAUUUGAAAGUCCAGAAGGCGUAACUGAAGGAAAGACAAAGCACAUUCCGGCCCCAGUUGUAGACAUCACCAGUACUGGACUGGCAACUGCUGAUGUUAUGUGGACCAUCUCUGGAUACACACCGCUGUUAUUUAAGGUGUCAUAUUGUCCAAAGAAUGAUCCAGAAAAUAAAAAGCACAUCGAAACUGAAGAUAUUUCAACAAAAUUGACCGGACUUGAACCAGGAAUAGAAUAUGAGGUCGAAGUUGUGGCCGUGGAUUUUGAUGAUGACAAGAAAUUCACUAGCGAACCUGGCUCCGAUACAGAUGCUACAAAAUCUCUACACGCUCCACCAGUAAUGGCAACUGGAAGAACAUACACCACUGCAACGGUAAAAUGGGGAGAAAUAGGAAUGCCAGCAAAUACUUGGGAGUUGAGGUAUCAUCCUGUUGGAAGCCCAGAUAUAGUUAAAACUUUAGUAUUUGAUGGAUCCGUGAACAAGACCAUACUUGAAGAUCUCACACAUGACACAGAAUAUGAAGUUGUUGUCGUAGGAGUUGUGAUAGAAGAAGGAGAGAGAUUUGAAAGCCCUCCAGGAAGUGAUCCAUUUACUUUAGGUGCACUUGACCCUCCAGUGGUCACAAUUUCUGACCCGACAACUUCAAGUCUCAACUCAUCCUGGGUGGACAAUAGCCCGACAAUACCAUUGACGAAAUAA